GCAUAAACGAGGAUAUGAUCAAACGUCAAAGAGCAAAGAGGGAAAAAGAUAAAACAUAAUUGGCGACAUUUCACCAAGCAAGCUCUGUGAGGUGCGAAAAUAUUCAUUUCCAAUUUUGUGUUUCAAGAAAGCAGAACUCUGCCCGUCUCAAAGAUAAUGCGCGACGAAACGGAACCCCGGACGGCUAUUCCGAAAGCAACCCAGCAUCAGCAGUCAUCCAGCACAACGGUCGGUAGUGAUCCGUCCCAGAACAAUGAUUCGCAAGAGCUUCAGCUAGAAAACAAGGGAUUGAAACGCAAAAUCGAGGAACUGGAGUUGGCACUGAGCGUCAAAUGUUUCGAUACCGCGCACGUUAAGGCACUGGUGGAGCCAUUCAGUGGCAACGGUACGCUUACCGUGCAUCGGUGGUUCGAGAAGCUGGAGAACGCUUUUCAGCUGCUUAAGCUGAACAAAGAGCAGCAACUGGUUGCUGCCUGUGAUUUGCUGAUCGAAACUGCGGCUGUUUUUCGUAGAACCAUCCCGUUGACAGGGUACGACGAUUUCAAGGCGAAAAUGAUUCAAGAAUUUGCCGAUCAAGGGUUUAGCGAUGAAACCAUUUUCGAGAAGCUUCGGGCACAUAAGCUGGGAGUCAACAGCUUGCUGAGAUACGUGACGGAGAUGGUUGAUCUGGCGCAAUCUUACAACAUUUCGGAAGUAGAUUUGGUUGACAUUAUUAUUGACGGUUUCGAGGAUGAUUCCCCCACCAUCGUUAUGCUGUACGGAGUGAAAACGAUUGCUGAGUUAAAGAGCCUUUUGCCCAGAUACGAAAAACGACUCGAUAAGAUGCAGGCAAACGAAACAAAAAAGAAACAGAAACAGUCACUAAACCAACAUCGUUUCUAAAAGAUACACGAUUUUAUUGUGACAAUAAAUGGUGAUGGCAGAUAAUGGCCAAAAUAUAAA